GGAAUACCAAUUGAAGUCGAAGGCAAUAUGCUUUUAUCCAUUCAGAAAUCCGAAAUUAUUUUUACUCACGGCAACAUUUCGUACACUAAAAUGUGUACUGCUCCAAAAUCAGAGACAGUGAUGGUUUGCUUACAGCCACCUGUACCGGUGACCUCUGAUGUUGACGUGACUGUAAAGUUUGUUGUGGACAAUGCUCCAUCUUCAGCGUUGCUUCCAUUUACCGUUCGACCUAACCCUCAGUUUCAUCAACGUUCGAUCGAUUUCAAUCCGGAGACAGACAAGUUCAUUUUUAUUAAUGGGUCGAACUUGGACGUGGCCGACAAAAGUUUGUAUCGCGUGUCUCUCAGCGACGACGUCGCUUGUAUCGUCAGUGUACUAGACAAAACGUCUCUGGUGUGUGAACCUCAAGAUCUAAAGUGCAGUAAUGAAGUGGGAACAGCAAAGCAAGUCUUUCGACUUCAAGUUUAUGUUGGAGAUUAUAACAAAGCAAUUGGAGACGUCAAUUGUAUUGUCAAUGAAAUAACUGUGCCACCUCAAGAAAGUUUAGCUGGUUUAUCAUCGUCUAAUAUUAUCAUAGUGGUCGUCAUUUCGCUCGCAGCUGUUGGCUGUGUUAUCCUCAUCAUUCUUAAACUUGUACUUCGACGUCGAUAUAAUUUGCUCUCACGAGCAAGAAUGAAUGCGUAUGUAGAGACAACGACACCUGCAGUCGCAGUGUCUAAUCCUUUGUGGCUGCUUGAAUGGCCUAAAUACGAGGGAUUUCAACUGGAUAGAGAUUCUUUGACGAUAUUGCGAGAGUUGGGGUCUGGAGAGUUUGGAAUGGUGUAUCUGGGAUCUAUGAAAGGUAAAGAGAAAUCGGAUGAGGAGAGGUUGGUAGCAAUCAAGACAAUGAAGAUGGAAGGAAGUAGGGAGAAGGGAGAAGAAUUUAAAAGAGAAAUGGAACUGAUGAUGGAAUUUAGUCAUCCGCAUAUCGUAACUCUGAUAGGAGUAUGCACCACUGAACAACCAGUAUAUAUCGUUACUGAACUGAUGGAUAAGGGUGAUUUAAAGCAAUUUCUAAUUAGCUGUCGUUCGGAUGGUGUACUUCCUGCCAAGCUUUCUCUCCAACAGCUAUUGAUCAUGUGCGAGCACGUUACUUCAGGUGUCGCCUAUUUGGCAAGUCAACAUUAUAUUCACCGCGACAUUGCAGCCAGAAAUUGUCUGGUGAAAGGAGAAGAUGACAACAAAUUUACCGUAAAGUUGGCAGAUUUUGGAAUGUCUAAAGACAUUUAUCAAGAGGAUUACUACAAAAAGCAGGGAGGUGUGCUGCCAAUACGUUGGAUGGCACCAGAAGCAAUUCUUGAUGGAAGGUACACACUGCAGUCAGAUGUUUGGUCCCUAGCAGUCGCGAUGUGGGAAAUCGUUUCGUAUGGUCGUUUGCCGUAUUAUGGAAUGAGCAAUAGGGAUGUUCUCAGUGGCGUUUGCUCUCGUUCUGUUCUUCUUAACUCUCCUCCAUCUUGCCCGGAGCCUCUCUACAAUUUAAUGACACAAUGCUGGAACAAAAAUCCGGAAGAUCGCCCCACUGCUACAAAAAUUCAUGAUCGAAUUGACGAUAUGAUAUCUGAACAGAAUGAUUACCUCAUGGUCGAUGGCACUGAUGCUUCUACGUGGAAUGGAGAAUCUGUAAAGUACGUGGACAUGACGUCCGCGCCUGCAUCAAUGGUGGAAGACGGAGAACUCACCGAAGACGGAAAACUGACGAUAGACAAUGUUUAGAAAGAAAACAUUUAGAAAGACAAGAAAGAAGGUCUCGCGAUUGAGUGGUAGUGAACAAGAUAGAAACUUGCGUGGCUUAUGCACAUGUAGAAGCAACCUAUUAGUGUGUUGUCAUCUAGAUCUUAUCAAACUGUAGCAUUGUUAGCACGUGUUGUAUGGAAGCAAGAUUUGCAGUCUUUCUUUCUAUCUUUAUCUAGGUUACAGUAUUGUUACUAGAGACGUUCCUUGGUAUACAAUAAUUUACUUCUGAUGUUGUAGCGAAUUUGUGCGGAUAUUGAUGUUUACGUUUGCUUAAUAGAU